UGAGAGAGGGGCAUGUUGGAUUAUUUUGGGGAAGGGCUCAUGCCAGGAGGGUUCACUUUUACUAGGUGCCAAGUGUCCCCAGCAGCCAGUGUCUCCUGUACCAGCAGAAGUUCCAGAACUCUCAUCCACUUGUCUGCUUCUGCCACGUCUUUGCCCACUGAGCAGCCAUGAGACAGCAACUCCGGUCCAGAAGGGCUCCAACCUUUCCCCAUGGCUAUCGCUACAGACUUGAUGAUCAGGAUGAAGUGAACCAGAACUACUUGGCAGAUGAAGAGGAGGAAGCAGAGGAAGAGGCUCGGGUGAUGAGGGUACCCAAUUUGGAGGAGGAAGAGAAAGAAGAGGAGCAAAAGGAGGAGGAAGAGGGUCAGGGUCAGCCAACAGGCAAUACCUGGUGGCAGAAAUUGCAGCUCAUGAACGAAUACCUGUGGGAUCCGGAGCAAAGGAUGUCUCUGGCCCGAACAGGUCAGAGUUGGAGCCUGAUCUUGGUCAUUUACUUCUUCUUCUAUGCCUCUCUGGCUGCUGUGAUAACUGUCUGCAUGUACACGCUAUUUCUGACCAUCAGUGCUUACAUGCCGACCUUCACUGAGAGGGUGAAGCCUGCUGGAGUUAUGAUCAGACCCUUCGCCCAUAGCCUUAACUUCAACUUCAACGUCUCUGAACCUGACACUUGGCAGCAUUAUGUGAUUAGCCUAAAUGGCUUUCUCCAGGGUUAUAAUGACAGUCUUCAAGAGGAAAUGAACGUAGAUUGUCCGCCAGGACAGUACUUCAUCCAAGAUGGCAAUGAGGAUGAGGACAAGAAAGCCUGCCAAUUUAAGCGUUCCUUUCUGAAGAACUGCUCUGGUUUGGAGGACCCUACUUUUGGCUACUCUACUGGACAGCCCUGCAUUCUUCUAAAGAUGAACCGGAUUGUAGGCUUUCGUCCUGAGCUUGGAGAUCCUGUGAAGGUUUCCUGCAAAGUUCAGAGAGGUGAUGAAAACGACAUCCGAUCCAUCCAUUACUACCCAGAGUCGGCUUCUUUUGACCUCCGCUACUACCCUUACUACGGCAAACUCACUCACGUUAACUACACCUCCCCCCUGGUGGCAAUGCACUUUACAGAUGUGGUGAAGAACCAAGCGGUGCCUGUGCAGUGCCAGCUGAAGGGCAAAGGCAUCAUAAACGAUGUCAUCAACGAUCAUUUUGUGGGUAGGGUAAUCUUUACCCUGAACAUAGAAACCUAAGGACUUCAGGGGGCCAGCUCUACCAGUUCUGUUUCUGCUUUAUUUCAUGUUACCACUGGUAGCACCCAAAUUCUUUUUCUCCAAUCAGGACACAGCCAGAUCAUCUUUUCUUGCCUUUUGACAUGUGUGUAAAAUGACAUUGUGGGAGCGGUUUGAUUUUUUUCAAGGUAGUCUCUCCCGAUGACAAAUAGAUUAUAUUCAUUUCCUUUCCCUCCACUUAAAACUAAAACCCAUUCUUGCUGCUAGGCUUCUCACUGUAGUGUAAACAUAAGCACUGAUAAAAUUCAAAAUAGUCUUGAAGGAGAACUUCAAUGGUGAUUAUAAAUCCAUCGUGUUUUCUAAAAGUUUGUUGUUUUUAGAGGUGAGAUUCCUCCCAACCAAGCUGAUAAUCUAACUUUUUUUUUUAACUGCCUGGCAAGGUCCAAUCAGACCAACCCAGAAUACACUUCCAGCCACCAUACCUAGGGAACUCUAUACACAAGUGUGCUGAGAAACUCACUGCCUGACUCCAAAGACCCAAGUCUUCCCAUAGGCAAUUAUAUACUGAUUCGAAGACUGGGUUAUCUUCAACUGGGACAGAAAGCAGUGCUGACUGGAUGCUGUUCUGGGAUAGAAAAAUGAAGACAUUCCCUGUGACUUUUUUGGGCAGUGGAUCCCGCUGCUACUGGGGAGAACACCUAUCAUAUGGAUGUGAUUGAUACUUGAUUCUUUGCUCUAGGAUGCAACCAUUCAAAGGCAAACAUUCCUGUAAACAGAUUUGUCUCAGCUUCAGGCAGAGGAGAAAACAAGGAGGAAUAUCUCUCCCAGCUAAUUCUUCUUGGACUAUUUGUUUGACAGUAGUGUGAGGCUCUUUUGGACCAUCAGGGAUGGGUGUGUUGACACCCAGCUACAGCUCUGGUGGUUAAAAUCAGGGUCUUCCAGCUAAUACAUGGCAAGACAGAAAGUUCCUGCCAGGCCACCUACACUCAACGCUGAUUAGCCAGUUUUGCAUUUUCUUUAAAAAUGAUUUGAGACAGAUGUUUCUCCAGGUUGUGAAUCAGCCAGGCUGUUUUGCCUUAUCUUUGGCCAUGUCACUGCUUCUUAUCACCUCCACCAGGGGGAGGGCUGGGACAAAGAGAGAAGGCAGGCAUCACAGAAUAGCUUAAAUGCCGCCUAGAAGCAACGAGAGCCUGAUCGCCUCUAAAUGUUUACCUUCUCUCAAAACAGGGAAUCCGUAGUCUAGUGAAGGAGACAAAGAAGUAACUACAAUCUAGUGUGACAAGAGUUAUAAAACUAGUACAGUGAAACCUGUGAGAGCUGGAACUCGAUGGGGCUGCCGUGUUUUUCCGGGUCUCGCAAGUUUUCCACCUUUGACAGAGUACAGCUUACCACUUUUCUAUCACCCAUUUUAGUGGAAAAUAUUUGAGUUUUCCUUCUCUGACAGGUUUCCGCUUCACACAGGUUCUGGCUUUCGCAGGUUUUACUGUACACGGAAAUGCUAUGAGAGCAUGAGGAAAAGUAACUAAGCCGAGCUGAGAAAGUAGCAGUGGGAAUUUCACGUGCAAAGUCACAAUCAUACAAGGCCAUGUUGUAACUGUGAGCAGCUCACAUAGCUAGAGUGCAAAGGGUUCAAAGGAAUGGCAGGGAGUGGCAGGAGCUGGGGCUAGAGAGGUAGGCAGGGACUCCCGAGGAGUUUGAGUUUUAUCCGGUAGGUAAAAAGGAAUCAUUAAAGCAUCUUAAGCAAGGAAGCGCUGUGAUCAUAUUUGCAUUGUAGAAAGAGCACUUUGGCAGCCACAGUGUGAAGGGUGGAUUGGAGAGGGGCAAGACUGAGGAACGGGGAAUCAAGGAGGAGGCGUCCAGAAUGACUCCGAGGUUUUGAGCUUGGCUAGAAUGAGUUGGAUGGUGACACUGUUGAUCAAGACUGGGAAUACAAGAGAGAAGUAGGUUCGGAGAAGAUGUUGAGAUCAGUUUUGGACAUUUUAGGCCUGUGAUUCCUACUGGACAGACAUUGAUGUGAAGAUGUAAACACAGGUGCGGUUACGGAGAAGGAAAGCAGAGAAUACAAGCGACAUUUGCUUAAGUGAACUCUCUUAAGAAAUUCUAAGCUGUUUAAUCUCGGGAACUUAAGCCAGGUAUAGAAACAUACCACACCAAUCUAGUCCCUCAGAUAGCAUUUUUCCCUUGGCUUUGCAGCAGAAAGGACUGCUAUUGCUCUGUGGAAUCUCCUCCCCAGACACCACCCAAAUCUUAUUGAGAGUAGAGGGGGGUGGGGUUGCUAACCGUUAUUAACAAGUGAUAGAAGAUACACUACAGCAGGUCUGUGGAAAACAGAGAAAAACAAGAACGUGUCUCCUCCCAACCCCUUUCCUGACCAAAUUCCAUGUUCAAAAUUAACUUAAAAAGAACAAAAUGCUUAAAGACAGCAACAACUUUAAAGCCAUUUAAAAAUUACCUCAAAUAAUCAAACCCUCAAGAUUCAGUAGUAAAAGAUAAUAGAACAUUAGAUCUGGAAGGGAUUGUAGAGAGCGUUUAGUGAGAACAACCUGCAUUGCAUCUGACUCCAGGUCCAGUGCUCUUUCUACUCUGAGUUGCUGCUUACAAGGAAGUACUAUCUUUUAAAAAAUCAAUGAAAAAUAUCCCCAAGCAUUUUUAAACAUGUCAAAUUUGAAUUAGAAUAGUUAACAUUUCACAGGAUUCAACUACUGGUGCUAUAUUUUAUACUAAUAUAAUAUCCUGUUAAAUACGUUGACUAUUAAUCAGACAAGGUAUUAUGAAUCUUUUGUCAUACAGUACUUCUCAGUCAAUGGAAUCCAUCAGGUCCACAGUUUCAAAGCAGUAUUGGAUGUUGGCUAAGAUAGUUUGAUUUGUUGACUGGGACAUGGAAAAAAAAAAGCUUUAUUAUACAGAACUGGAUAUUAUAGUAUAUUCAUUAAAAUUGAACACUGUUUAAUAAACUUCCAGUAGAUUAAUUUAAAUAGUUCCCCAUACUGUGUUGUACCAGGAUCUGGUGCAUAUACCAUCUGUUGCAAUGCACUUGGUUUUACUUGGUUGUCGAUGAGAAAGAAUACUUCCAAAUACCUCCAUGGUUUUGUCCAUUCUAGAUUUUGAUUUUGAUUUUUCAUCCCCACACCUCUGGAAUUAUUAUUCUAAAGUAACCUCUCUUAGGCAUCUAUUUUCUGGGGAUCUUUAUGAAGAAAACAUUAACAUUGUCUUGGGGAGAUGUUGACAACAAUAAAUCGAAAUUAAAAAAAUGUAUGAUUUCUCUUUCUAGCCUUCAUCACUGAUUUUCCCGUAGAAAUAUUGGACAGGAAUAUGGAGAGAAAAUAUGACAACUCACAGCCUAGAAGUUAAAGACCCGUUUUUCUUCUUCUUCUCCUUUUCCCUUUCCCUUUUUUGGCUCAUGGGAUUUAGCCACAGCAGAGUAAAACUAAAAGUUGUUUAAUUUCUGAGCAUUUUUCCUUUUGCAGCAUCCGUGCUCCAGUUUCUCAGAAGGCUGCUUUGUCAUCAAGGUUCAGUCCUGGUAUAAGUUGUUCUGUUUGUAUAGCAGAGGAACACUAAGAGAAAAUUUGAGGUUGGGGGAAGGAACCAAAAUCCAAAGAGUCAUUCUACAAUGGCUUGAUGAAAGCCUGGAUAGGUGGCUACAGGGCACAUCUGGCCACAAACUGUCUCUCGGAUCAAAUCUCUAGUGGCAAUUGCUGUUAACAACAGAAAUAUUUCCAGUUCCUUGCUCAACUCAGAGGCUAGGCUGAAGCAUGUUGCUUUGAUGCUGGACAGGUUUCAGUGGCGCUUCCAGACUAAGACAGACCAGGCAGAAAGGCCUGGUGUUCGUCUUCCGAAAAAAUCAGCCCAUGAAAACCUUACGGAGCACAGUUCUACUCUGACACACAUGGAAUCACCACGAGUGGGAAUCAACUCAACAGCAACUGUUUACACCUUAUUUAACCUAUUCUAAGAUGCGCUCUCCCCCACAUUUUAACAUUUCUGAAAUUGGAGUGAAUUUUACAAUUGACGGCAUCUUAUAAUUUCCAUUGACCAGGUAGCACAUAUAACAGACAACACUGUCUGCACAUUUGCAAACUAGGUCUUAGCUGUUCAUAUUGUUAUCACUUCAGGUGAGACAUGCUCAUUGUUGGUACUAUAUGUUGUGUUUAGAACAUUGUCAAAGUUAUUUCACCAUGAUUAUGCAUUGAAAUGAAAAGUUGAUGUUUACAGAGAAAGUUCUAGAAAAAGCGCAGUAGGGCAUAGUAGAAGCAAACAUCCAUCAUUCAAGGAAUGACCUCGGUUUUCCAUUUUUUCCUAUACAACAACAAUAAGUGCUGUGUACUACCUAAAAUAGGAAGAUAUCCACAAGUUUAUGAAGAUGUGUUAUGUUUUUCUACUGAGAUAUGUACAAGAGCAUUGCUUAUCAUAUGCUUUAUCAAACAUUUCUUGUGUUCCAUCUCAGAUAUUCUUGGUCCGCCGUGUUUUGCUCCAGGUGUUACUGGUCCAGUCAGCUAUACACGGGUAUAUUAGAGAGCACCUCACCUCAACUGCAUCAUGUUUUUCUCACUUCAUGUCCAGGAGCUUCUCUGGUGCUGCCUCACAGGAUGCUUGCAGAAACUAGUUCAGUCACUCUGAUGCAUGCACAAACCUAGAAGUGUGAGGAAAUUAACAACCCAUGAGGGCAUUCCUUGACCUUUGGGGAAUGAGAGAGAGAUGAUAAAUACUCCCUUCUUGUUCAAUGAGAUAAGAGCUAAUCCUAAAAGGUUCAGUAUGGAAAUGAAAAUUAUAAAAAAAUGAUUCACCCAACUAAAAAUAUUAAGAUGAAUUCUCAAAGUAAAAAACACAAUAAUGAAAUUAAUCACUCAACAGAUACAUUAAAAGCAGAUUAGAUACAACUAAAGAGGUAAUUAUUGAACUGGAAGAUAGGUUAGAAGAAACUAUACAGAAUGAGAUAAAGAGAGAAGAUGUUGAAAAAAAUAAAAGAGAGUUAGGAAAUAUGAACCAUAUAGUCAGGAAGUCCAACAUAUCUUUAACUAGUGUUCCAGAAAGAAAGGAAUGAGACAAUGGGGCUUAAACAAUAUUUGAAGAUAUAAAAGCUGAGAAUUUUCCAGAUACGACAAAAUACCUCAAUGCACAGAUUCAAGAAACCCAGAAAAUCUUAAACAUGACAAAUAAAAUCAAAUCCACAUAUCAUAGUAUACAAUCUCAUAGCGAAAUGGGAGGAAACCAAAAACAAACAGAAAAUGAUAAAAGCAAGCAGAAGAAACCAAAAAAAGAGAUUACCUUCAAAGGAAUAAAAGUUCAACUGAUAGCCAAUGUCUCAAUAGCAACAAUAGAAGCCAGAAGACAGUGUUUUCAAACUGCUGAAAGAUAAAGCUGCUAACAUGGAAUUCUAUACCCAGUGAAAAUAUCCUUCAAACAUGUAAGAAAAAUAAACAUUUCCAGACAAGCAAAAACAGGUAGUUCACUACCAGCAGACCUGUGCUAAAUACAAUUCUAAACGAUGUCAAUCAGGGAGUAAGUAAAUGAUCCCAGUUGGAGUGUUAGGGAUGCAGGAAGGAAUGAAGAGCAAAGAAAGUGGUAAAUAAAUAAGUAAAUCUAAAUGACCAUUUACUUUAUAAAACAAUAUUAAUAAC